GGGUGAGAAAAAAAAGAGGUGGGUUCGCCUGGAGUCCCAGCGGCCGCCGCCGCCGGACGGCCCCCGCCCCUUUUCCCUCUGCGAGCCGCAGCGCAGGGGCGGCGGUGAGACCAAGGAGCCGGCCGAUGGCCAUGGCCUUGGCGUGACAGAGCCUCCCGGGCGGCCGGGCGGGUGAGGACGGCAGGGCCGGACGACGCCCGCGGGAGCCGCGGCCCAGAGACCCGUCCGGGCAGCAGAGACUGGAACAGAGCACACAGGCCCGGGCCGGCUCGGCGGCGCGAGCAGGAAGCGGGGUCCCUGGGCCCCUUUGUGUGAAGGGCGGGGGAGGGGUACGGGGCAGCCCCCGGCCGCAGGCUCCUCCGACGCCCGCCUUCCCGCGGGAGCCCCCGUCGGUCCUGCGGCGCCCACCCCUUCCCUCCGGGGGGCGCGCCUCGCCUCCCCCCCACUCCGGGCUGCUCCGGGCUCGCCCUCUCCCCACGCCCCCUGCCUGGGCUUCAGUUCCUAUAGGAAGGGCAUUACCAUCCCAUCCCCACCCACCCCGACACUUCGCUCUUUCCCCUCCCCCUCCUUUAACUUCCUCUUCUUCCCUCGUUGGGCCCUCGGCUGCUCUGCACUCUCCUCCCGGGUUCGCAGAUUUCCGCCCACCUUCCGCCUCCCAGAGCCGCGCCGCAGCGAGCGGGGUGUAAUUUUUCCCUCCCUCUGGUAGGAGUUGGGGAAGGUGAGACUCAUGAGGGAAUACAAGGUAGUGGUGUUAGGGAGCGGAGGGGUUGGCAAAUCUGCCCUGACUGUGCAGUUUGUCACUGGGACUUUCAUUGAGAAAUAUGACCCCACCAUUGAAGAUUUCUACCGCAAAGAAAUCGAAGUGGACUCUUCCCCCUCCGUGCUGGAAAUUCUGGACACCGCAGGAACUGAGCAGUUUGCCUCCAUGAGAGAUCUCUACAUCAAAAACGGCCAAGGUUUCAUCCUGGUUUAUAGUCUGGUUAAUCAACAGUCUUUUCAGGAUAUCAAGCCAAUGAGAGAUCAGAUUGUCAGAGUGAAGAGAUAUGAAAAAGUCCCACUGAUCCUAGUAGGAAAUAAAGUGGAUCUGGAACCAGAAAGAGAGGUUAUGUCUUCAGAAGGCAGAGCUCUGGCUCAAGAAUGGGGCUGUCCUUUCAUGGAGACAUCGGCAAAAAGUAAAUCAAUGGUGGAUGAACUUUUUGCCGAGAUCGUCAGGCAAAUGAACUAUUCUUCCCUGCCCGAGAAGCAAGAUCAGUGUUGUACAACUUGCGUUGUCCAGUAAAAAAAAGAUAACCUCAAUCAUGGCCAUACCGAGCAGAUAAAACUCAGAGGAAAUUUGCACAGAUGCUGCUUUGGAGAACUUUACAACCUGGGUUGCAGAACUGAGCCUUGGUAAACCUGUCUCUAUUACAGCAUGUUGCCAUACAUCUAAUUAAGUGCAUAAGGUCUUUGGCCUUCAAGAUCCAUUGACCUUAAACAGGAAUGCUUAGCACGUUUACCAUAUGUUUAAAAUCUGUUCUUUAUCAAUCAGUCCUUUUGUAGCUUUCUAAGUUCUUAUUGAUGGCUAAUAUGCAAGAAUUAAUUUUUAAUAUUUUAAUUGAUUUCUUUAAUCAGUUUCUCAACUUGUAUUUAUUAAAUACUCAAACUCAGUAUUACCUACUCAAUGCCUUUUAAAAGAAAGUUAUAAUGGAGAAAAAAUUGAGCCUUAAACAAAUGGUUACUUCUGUAUAUUACCUCGCACCAGUGCUUCAUUCUAUUUGUAAAAUCUUUCUCCUUUAAAUGGUUGGUUAAUACUUUGAGCCUUUGUUUACGUGUGGCAGUGUUGUAAAAAGAAACUAAAGAUCACAUUUUACCUGUAUGGAUGGAAUAUCCCUUUUCUUCAAGUGCAGUUUGUGAUGUGUUUUUGUAAUUAAAAUGUUCUGAAAGUUACAAUUGAUAUUUGAAAUUGACUGUAGAGCAUUUAGCUGAAGAGUUAAGUAUUUGAUUCCAUUAGGUUUUCACAUGUGUUAAUCUCAUUUACAGCAUCAAAUUGCAGCAGUAACAUUUUCCUUUCUGUGAAGUUCUAAAUUUAGUUAUGACCUACUUAGCAAUGCCUUUGAAGAGGGAUAUUGUAUCCAUGGUAAAUUAAUUGUAUACCUAAACAGAGAUAGCUCAGCUUUGCCUGUCAGGCUUGCAAUUGACAUCUAGUAGACUUCUGCACAUGUAAAAUUAAAUUCAAAUAAAAUCAUAUACAGUUUCUAGUUCUUAAUAUUUGUCUUUCUGAGUAAUAGUUUAAAGCAAUAUUUGUUAAAGUUUUCUUGCACUAUCACAAUUGCUUUUUAGUUAUUUCUCAAGAAGCAUGUUUGUAGUAGAGACAAAAAUCUGUGUAACAGGAGGGAGGAUAGCGCCAAGUCUCUGGGCGUUUUGUUUUUGUUUUUGUUUUUUUUGCAAAUGUGCUUCUAAUAGCCAUUGCCUUCCAUGUUGUUUACCUAAUCAGCACAUUUUGUCUGAAUACUUGAACAUUUUAACAGUAACACAGGUAUAGAAGCAGAAAGAAAACUUAUAAAGAGUAAUCUUGUGGUUCAGUUUUAACAUCAUGACGAGCGCUUUUUCUAGCAAUGAUUUAAAAAUUUUGUAAGUUUGACAGUAUUUUGUUGUUGGGUUUUUAUUUGGUUUUAGUUGUGUGCUUUUAAUUUGCAGAAGUUAAUAACUGCAGCUCACCUACUGCACCAAAGUUCUCGAUUUUAGGAGCCCAGCUUUAGUCAUUUGAACAUGCUUCUAAAUAAAACAAAACAAAAAAAACCAAAACUAUACUUUUGAUCUAUAAUAAUAGCUCAAUAACUUUGUCAAGGAAAGCUCUAAUAUAUGCAGUGAUGGUUUUUGGAAGGGUGUGGCAAUUUUAAAUUUAUAUUGUGUGUGAUGUUCAAAUAAAGUGUUAUCUACAUUCAUGUGAUUUAUUGGUCAGCAUGACCAUUAAUUAUUGCGUAGAAAUUAAUUAAACUUUGAUUUCCUUUUUUAAAAUCGUGUUGCAUUUGAUUCCUGAUCAAAUUCCCUCAAAGUGAACUCUUGAUUUUAGAUUUUGAAUUUUAUGGUGAGAUUGUAAGGGUGGAGGCAAUUGAAACUUUGUUUCUUAUUUAUAAACUGCUUGAAAUGAAUACCUAAUUUAAGUUUGCACUUUAACACCAAACUUAAAACCAAACACUCAGUUCAAAGUAGGUUAGGUGAUUGUGGUUCAUCUUUAUUAGCUUUGUGAAAUUCUAAAGGAAUCAAAUAAUUCAUAAUUUAAAUUUUCUGCAGAUGGAUUUUUUUUUAAUACAGUGUUUCUUUCCUAUGGAUAGUUCUCAUUCUCUUGCUCUCUCUCGCUCUCUCUGUCACUGACCUCAGCAGCAAGUUUAACUUGAAUUCACUUAGGAUCACAGGAAUCAGGGGAAAGUGAUUUAAAGGUGGUUUCUCCAGCACAUUUUAAGAAAAGGGACCAAAAGUUAUUUUAGCUUCCUCAAUAGAUUGCAUGUCAAGUUGCUUAUUAGGAUAAUAAAUUAAUAUUAAAUGCAAUAUAUGUCUCGUCUUUACUAUGGCAUCUGUUUAGGAGUUGUUCAAAUCACUGCAGUAGGGCUCUGCAAAUAAAAUCAUGUAACCUAUUAUCAUGGAUCUAAUGUACUGUAACUUUAUCAAUGAAAGGUAAAAAAUCUCGAAUAACAAGUACAAACAUUGAACAAUGACCUAUAAAGAUUUGUAAAAGUAAAAUUUUUCCAAUAGAUUUCAUUCUUGUCAUUUUGUAAGACGACCCUGCAGUCCACCUGUUUGUAACUUUUUUAAUAAAAUAGACAUCU